AUGGAUGAUCAUGAAGUUGCUAUCCAAAACGCUAUCCGCGAUCUUAAUGCUGGUGUUUUUAAAAGCCAGCGAGCUGCCUGUCAGGCUUGGGGCGUCCCCCGCGCGACUCUACAAGGCCGCCUCGCAGGUCGCGCUCCUAACGCGAUAGCUCAUCACCAACAACAGCGAUUAACUCCAGGGCAAGAGGAGUUUCUUGUUCAGUGGAUCCUCGAUGAGGAUCUUCGCGCUCAGCCUCCAGCGCACUCCCGUGUACGAGAAAUGGCGAUCCGAAUCCUCCACAUGAACGGCGAUUACGAACCACUUGGUCACAACUGGGUGUCUUCUUUCCUCCAGCGCAACCCAUGCGUCCACAGCGUCGUCGGCCGAUCGAUCGAAGCUUUACGAGCUGAAGCUGCAAGCCCUGAGCUAAUUAGAACCUUCCUAGAGCUCGUAGAGGCGACGCGACUCCGGCUAGGUAUACAGCUCCGCGAUAUAUACAAUAUGGACGAGACUGGGAUCGCAAUUGGCGUAUGUAACAACUCUAGAGUUCUAGCUUCUACCUAUAAGCGCAAGGCUUACGUUAAGUCUCCAGAGAACUGA